AGGUAAAGUGUCCUAUUACCCACCUGCCCGUUGCCUCACAGCCCAUGCAUCCUGUCCCCAAGAAGUUUGGACCUUUCCUGCAUUGUCUGGCAGGAUGAGCCCAAUGGUAUGAACCAUGGUGCGGGAUUUCCCAGGCAAGCUUUUCCAGCCCUAUUACACUGUAUUAUAAUUAAACAUGCAAUCUCUGCCUUUGUAGAGAUUUUGUGCCAUGGCAGAACUCUUGUAUUUCAGACAAUCUUGAUUACUUUGGGUUUUUUUAACCCUAAAAAUAGAUUUCUCUUAUAAAUGGGUCUGAAUGUUUGCUACUUGAUCAUCCUGUUGCUUUCUGUGUGUUUAUACUUUUGUUCUUUCCUUUCAGCGUUUAUUAGAACAGCUUCCUUUUCCUCAGAAGUGCUAUGUUACUUAUAAAUUGCCUUUUUUUUGCAAUAUAGCAUGUAUGAAAUGGGCUGUAGAUGAUGGCUACAUGGCUUGAGAGUAGAGCUCUUCAUUUUGAUGUGUUUUAUAAACAGAUGGCAAUAAAUGAUCUGAUCCUGUGUCCUUUGACUUUAGUGGGAGUUUUCCAACAAGCGUAUUUAUGCAAGAGCAGCCCGUCUGCCAGCACCGCGUCAGCGGGCAACAUGCCUUUGCAUUCAGCACUGUUGCAUGUCCCCGUGCCAAGAACGAAUUUUGCCGAUUCAGAUUUGCUCAGUUUGUCAACACACAGCUCCCAUUGAACUUUGUGGGACAAGAAUCAGUCUUGGCAUGGGGCCGCAGGCAGCCCGGGGAGCGCUGCCCAUUGCCAGCACCAGCGAGAGGAGCAGCACUCAGCCUCGGCUCCACAGUUUGCAAGGGUCUCAUCUCCUGUAGCAUGUGUUUGCUGUUGUUUAACCAGUGGGAAGAGUCGAUGAUAAAAAGAGAUUUCCUAGGUUCUGUGACUGGCUGCCGUGUAUUCUUUUCUUUGUGCAAUCAUAUCUACCUGCACAGACAGUCAAGCAAUCAACAGCAAAGAUGCUGCAUCUUUCAGGGACAAAGAAAUACUGCUUAUAGCAUAGUUUGGCCAGCUACAGUUUCUCCAGCUCACCCAGUUCCUAAGCACAUAAAGAAGCCAGACUAUGUGACGACAGGCAUUGUACCAGACUGGGGAGACGACAUAGAAAUUAAAAAUGAAGAUCAGAUUCAAGGGCUUCGUCAAGCUUGUCAAUUGGCCCGCCAUGUCCUGCUUCUGGCUGGAAAGGGCUUGAAGGUUGGCAUGACAACUGAAGAAAUAGAUUCCAUUGUUCAUCAUGAAAUAAUCAGUCAGAAUGCCUAUCCGUCACCUCUGGGCUACGGAGGGUUUCCAAAAUCUGUUUGUACUUCUGUAAACAACGUGGUAUGUCAUGGUAUUCCUGACAGUCGACCUCUUCAGGAUGGAGAUAUUAUCAACAUUGAUGUCACGGUGUAUUACAAUGGCUACCAUGGUGACACUUCUGAAACCUUUUUGGUGGGCAAUGUGGAUAAAUCUGGUGAAAAGUUAGUGGAGGUUGCCAGAAAAUGUAGAGAUGAAGCAAUUGCAGCUUGCAGACCAGGGGCUCCCUUCUCUGUAAUUGGAAACACAAUCAGGUUUUCUGUGUGUCACUUCAGGUUCAUUGACCACAUUGCAUUUUAUGUAAAGAAUACCCAAGCUCUCUAUGUAGACGUUAUUAAGUGGGAAGGAGGAGGGGCACGGACGUCUGUCAGCACUGAUGUCAAAGCCCUGUGAGCUCCAAGAUCCCUUAUUUUGAUCACAGACAGCAACCACUGAAGUAUUGGUGCCAACAGAGUUGUUUUCAAGCUGUUUGGCAAGAAAGUGGCAGAAUUUGCUGUUGAAAUGCACAAGAACCACUUCUCUCACCAUCUGAGGACAGGAUGCUGUCUUAACACUGCCUUCUGUGUACCUCAGUGCUCUUGCAUCCGAUUCUCAGCACGCAGCUGCUGCUGCCACUGCCACCCUCCUCAGCAGCAGCUGAGUGCUGGGAUGAGAGCUUCCCUUGCCCACAGAGAGUGUGUAGCCAUGGUGCCUGGAAGAAUAGCUGCACAGAAAAGAGCUUUCUGUCUUGCUACAGAAGAUGGGUAUUUCUUGGGGGGGGGGAAAUCCUGUAAUAAUACAAAACAACUCAUAAACCAACCGUGCUUUUUCAGUGGUCAGGAGUGCCAUGUAAGGACAUUGGCAAAGCUGAGUAGUCAGGGAUUGUUUGUCCUCUUGCAAAAAGGCUUGCAGAAGAAGGUGAAAGAAAAGCUUAUCACAUGUUGCAUGGAUGGCUUCUCCCAUCUCUCUUCAGAGAAUUGCUUCACCCAGAUGGGACUCAUUAUCUGCAUUGCUCUGGGCUUGGUCACUGGAGACCAUCAGUUUCAUUUUGUGUAUGUUUCUGAGUAAUCUGGCUUUCUGAC